AUGCAAGGGAGCGCGGACUCCGAAUACACUUACGAUUGGCGAUCGACUUGGGGCCCCGAGUCAAGGCGGCGCUCAGAUCGGCGCGGAGAGCUGGCCGGUGAUUGGCGGAGCCCUUCCCCAGGGCAUCGAGAUGCUCGAGACACCUCGACGGGGUUGAUCCCAACCGACUAUGGCGAUGACCACUACGUAGCUGCCAACAUGAAGAUCGCUUCGCAUCCAGGACACUACAUGAAUCAUGAAGCCAGCCAUCUCAUCAACCCUUUGUCGGUGGAGUACUGGGCUUCCCUACCAGGACAAGUUCGCGACCAGGCCUUCGCCUUCGAAUUUGAGCAGGGCCACGUCCUAGCGGCCGUGGAGUGGAAGGAUAGAGGCGACGGGAUGGGUGUGCAGCGUCUUUCACUGGAAGCAAAGGUUAAUGGAGAAUGGCAGAAGCUUUCCACUUGGGAAGCUGCCAGGAAGCCGGUUUGGCAGGUUCACAAGAUGACAAUGUCCAUGCGAAGUAGCCUCUGGCGGCUCACGUUCCUCCAGAACCACGGCGAUGAGAAUCAUCUUGUCGUUCAAGCAGUCAGGUUUGUCAUCAAGUUGCAGAAGACAGAGCCAGCACACAACGUGGGAUAUCCGCAAAAAAUUACCAGACAGAUCUGGGGCGACCGCAGGUUCACCGACGUGGAGGUCAUUUGCGGCGAGCAGCAUUUCCCAGUUCAUCGUGCCGCCAUCUUACCUGCACGUGCUGCUCGCCAGCAGGAAGAACUGGUUCAGCACAACAUUUUGGACAGGUCUCCUGGACAACCUCCAAAAACUAUGGUCACUGCAGCUAGCUGGAUUCGGGAGCCUUUUAUUUGGUCUUCACCUGCGGCACGAGCAUACAGGUUGCCACUUCUUCGCCCGAUGUUCGCCAAUGUCUACGCGAACUGUGCAAAGUUUCGGCGGAAACGCGUCGCGGUGGACUCCGUGAUUUCUGAGGAAGAGGCCCGUGUCUACACUCAUGAUGCCAAAGAUGCUCAUGGCGAUCCGCUCUUCCAGAUCGAUGAGAUGUUCGGCGUGGAUGCUGAGUGCUCAACGGCCUUCCAGGAUUGGCCGGACAAUCCACUGAACCAGGAGAUUCCAGACCGCAUACGCUUCUUGAUACGACGGCACUUCAGCGAGAAGCGGCCGCUGCAUCUGGUGGGAGCCAUGCUGCGUCGCACACGGCCUGGGGGCGAAUGUGGAUAUGAUCGCGGUCCAACGAUUUGCCAUGUGGACAAGGCAAACAUUAGCUACUACGACUACAGCGCCAUUCUGUACCUUUCCACGAAGGGUACAGACUUCGAAGGAGGACAACUGGCAUUCAACGACCCUUGUCGGGAUGAGCUGGUGGAGCCCCGUUUGGGACGCUGCGUGAUGUUUGCAUCUGGACCACACCAUUUGCACCAAGCCAAGGCUGUGACGAGUGGAACAAGAAUGAUCAUGGCUAUGUGGUACAGCUUGAACUGUAAGCUUCAUGGGGAACAGAUUCACAUGGUGUGCGAAGUUGUACUCGGCCACAAGUACGAUAUUCCCGGUCUCGUCGAGUAUGCAGCACCUGUCGCUCUUGGAAACAUUAAUCCAGAGAACUGCGUCAGCCAAGUUCGGAUAUUGCGGGCUUACCACGACGACGAGAGGCUCGGCCCAGUUUUCGAGGCACUGCUGAACAAGAUCCAUGAGAGUCCCCAGAUCUUUAAGUCUGUGUGCGAGACGCAGAAAGCAAGGCUACAUCUGGCUUGUACAGCAUUACCAGACGGACUUGCCCUCGUCACCACAAAAGCACUGGUCACGGCGAUGUCUGAUUCGCUGAUUCGCUGCUGUGCUGCCCCGAGAAGACAAGGCAAUCCAACCAUCAAAGCCAAUUCGAGCCAAGUCACGGUUCUGAACACCAUGCUACAUGUUGCUGUUUAA